CGGAUCGUGCGCGGUAGUCGUUCUCGGGGGCGCUGAUCAACAAGUAGUUCGUACGCGCCGUGGUUGCAAACGAGACGUCGUUCGCGUGAUUUCCUCGCGUCGGGGUGACAAAAAUAUGUGACUAUUACAACGUACAUAUAGUGUUACACCGGCUUUUCAUCUCGAAAUAUAUUUAUUCGGCUGUGAUAUAUGUACGUAUAGCAGAAGCGAAACCGUCAUCGUGUCGAAGCGAUUCGUCGCUGUUUUUCGUCCUGCAAACGAAACACCGUGAGAGAUAUUUCACACAAAUAUUUCCAUUUUCUUCGAUACUCUUAGAGUAUCAUAUUACAAAAAAUGUAGAGUGCGCGGUUAAAUUGACGAUCUAACGGGCGGAACUUUUUCGAUGUGAAAGUCGACGCAAAGUGAACACAGUGACGUUUAUCGCAGCGUGGCCACACGCGUGACGCACGCACGGCUGCCUUCAUGUUACGUUCCAAAGUGAAUUACCGCGAAGUAUAUCGUUAAACGCCCCGUCGGAAAAUUUGCCGGGCGAUACCAGACCGCGUGCAAUCGAGCGACGACGUAAUCGGAUAGAGAUCAUUCGAAGGACUCUCGGUAUUAAUCGCAUUAUCGUUGACGUAACCGCCAACGUCGGCCAAGGAUCGUCUAAGGAUCAAUCGAUGCUUCACGUAGCCGCGUUCCGAUUACCGUGAUCGAUAUCGGAGAGACGAUCAAUUUCGCGUCGUGAGCGAGUCGCGCGCGCGGUGAAUGACAGAUAGGAGGGGUUUGGGAGUGGGAAUCGGGAGUGAAGUGCGAUAAUUUUCGAGGAUAUGAUCGCGCGAUCGGUUUUUUCCGGUGGUGCCGUUAAUCGACUGGCCGAAACGUCGUCCUGUGUGCAUGCGAGAUCGCCUUAACCCCGGCAACGGACGUGGACGAGAGUCGCCGGCAGCAGGCUCUAUAAAGUGGCGGUGACGUCAAUGCACAUUUGCGCGCGAAUCUUCGCGUGGGCAUGGGAUCUUCUCGUCGGUAGCGCAGCGUAUCCGAUGCAACAGUCUGUGGGAAUAGAAGUGCGGGUGACCAACGAGAUCCCCGUUGUCUCGACAGAAACAAAUAUACAAGAUGCAGCACCGCCUUGGACUACCACAUCAGCUCCGAGUCGAACCACCCCGCCAACUCCCACAAAUCCACAUCCACACUACUUAUCGCCUCAUGUCUUUCACGGACGGAAUUCGCUUUGUUCCGCAAAUGAUUACACGCGAAGAAGACGACCCAUGACAUUGCGCAUCGGCCCUCGUCUGAGUCUUCCGAGCAGAAGCACAUCCGCGCCGACCACAACCACUGACGGAGAAUGGCGUGCACUUAGGUGA